CGCAUGUCAGUGUAGGUAGCGCUUUUAACCACGUUGUGAAAACAAAAUUUCGGUGAAGGUGCGUCAACUUGUUGUACAUAGCGAUAGCCGCCAUUUGCAAUCAAAGUCUUCAACGGUACAACUUCUAUACAAAUUCGAUUAUACACAUUAAAAUGGCUGAUCAACUUACUGAAGAACAAAUAGCUGAAUUUAAAGAAGCUUUCAGUUUAUUUGACAAGGAUGGUGAUGGUACAAUUACUACAAAAGAAUUGGGUACAGUCAUGAGAUCACUUGGUCAAAACCCAACUGAAGCUGAAUUACAAGAUAUGAUAAACGAAGUCGAUGCCGACGGUAAUGGAACCAUAGAUUUUCCUGAAUUUUUAACCAUGAUGGCUAGGAAAAUGAAGGAUACCGAUAGCGAGGAGGAAAUUCGUGAAGCAUUCCGUGUUUUUGAUAAAGAUGGUAAUGGAUUUAUCAGUGCUGCUGAAUUACGACAUGUUAUGACAAAUUUAGGUGAAAAAUUAACAGACGAAGAAGUAGAUGAGAUGAUCCGAGAGGCUGACCUGGAUGGUGAUGGACAGGUGAAUUAUGAAGAAUUUGUCAAAAUGAUGACCAGUAAAUGAGAGAAAUGUGAUUAGGAUCUGAUUUAUCAUAAAGACAUUUUUUUUUUACAUUGUUUCAUGUUUAAACAUCUUUAUUUAUGUUAUUCUAUAAUUGUUAUGAACAUUGCCAGAACUUUCUACACACUGGCUACAACAAUGGACAUACGCUAAACUUCAGGUGCCUUCUUUCGUUUAUAUUUCAAAAUGGGUCGGAUUCUCACAUUCCAAUCUUUUUUAUCAUUCAAAUUCAUGUUGGACAUGUUUGAUUUAUUUAUAUCCUGUCAAUGUCAGUAGUUGUGUAUUUCAAAUAUAGUCGCUCAUAUACCCUAGUAUAACCAUGGGACUAAAGUAGGAGAAAAAUCACAACGAUUGUUUACAAAGAGGAUAUAAUGAAUGACAAGUCCGUGCUCGUGGAUCUGUUAUAUAGUAUUAUAUUCUAUUGUAAAAAAAAAUGCUUUCCAUUGGCAUUUUGCUUAUUGGAAAGUUUAUAUAUAUAUAUAUAUUUAUAUAAAGCAAUGUUUUAGU